UCUCCUAACACAUGUUUUUUACAGCAGUGUGUCUUAUGCAGGACAGGGUGAAUAGUCAGAGAUCCUGGCUUGACUGUGUUUCUAAACCAGCCAGCACCUCUCUGCUGAGCUGUUCCCACAUCUGGUUCUAAUCAACAGACCCUCCCAGCAUCAACAGACCAUUAGCAGGGAAAUUGACAAAGAAAGGUGUGUUUCAGAUAGAGACGAAAGUCUUCACACGCACAUUCAUACACCCUCCCUUGACAGUGCCGCUUACAAUGGCUAUACACAUGCAUACACCUGCCUGACCACUCCUCUCUACAAUGGUUUUGUAGCAACCUACGGACAGUGGGGUGAGAGACUGGCCUCAUUGUUUGUGUGAGGAUAGACCGUAAACCAUCCCUGAAACUAAUGGGGCCCCACCCUGGUUGACUGUGCCAGUCUCCGACAUCUCUCUCUGUUUACCCAGCAGGUUAAUGAUUAACCGCCACCUCAGGGACUGUCUAUAGCCCCAUCACCACCUGGCAGCUACACUGUCCUAGGACUUGUCACAUUGUCACCUGGAGAAGAUGGGAGAUAGUCGUAUCAAUGGCUUCUGCGUUUGCUUUAGUCUUCAUUUUCCUUUUUAGGAAAGGCUCUUGGAAAAACGUUGAAUUCAGAUACUACUCGAUUAUCUGACUGUUUUUCUUGGAUGCAGUUUUAGAAGAGAGUGGGCUUGCAUGGCUCGCAAACGUCUGAUGGAACCUUAUUCCCUGGAUGCAGAGGCAUUUUCAACAGGACGAAAGCUGUUCACGUCUGAGAGGGGUCUGUGAAUGAUCUGCACUGGUUUCAAUAGUGUGCUGAGGAUUAUUUUGCUUCCCUUCACAUUCAGUUUCCUGGAGCGUAUUUCUCCUCACUGAUUUGGUUAGAUGUUGAGGGGGGUUGUGGAAAUUGAGUAAGCAGGAAAGGUGUAGAAUUUGUAGCGGAAUUCCAGGGCACAAUUCCAUCCACAACUGAGACUAAUGGCGUGCCAAAUGUAGCCACAGUUUUGGUUUUGUUGCUGUUGUCGUGUCCACCUCCCACCACUGUGCUGAUAGGUUGUUUUACCCAGCUCAGAGUCAGAUGAGAACCAAUCUCUGUGCCUGUCUAUCUAGUCUGAUCGUAGUAACUGACAGGGAUCUGGUUUCAGGAGUGCAUUACUUGACCUUAAGGGCCAGGAGAGUUGUGGGGGGUAGAGAGUAGGGAAAUAGGUCACAGGGAUCCAGGGGGGGUGUUUAGUAAUAGUAACACCUCUAAAUGUGUUAAGACUCUCAUGCAAUUGCUUUCCAAUACCUGAAUGGUCAACAACAGGGGAAGUGGACAUACUCCCAGAGGUGCAAUACUCCAACUGCAUUAGACUGAGCCGUCAUGCGACUCCGUGCCGCACCACUCAAGAUUAAUGGACAUGUUUUUCUUCACGGAGCAUAGAAGUAACUGAAGGUUGUGUGCACAUCUGUCCUCUGUAACUCAAUCUCCUUGUCAGCCAGUGAGACGGGGCUGCACUCCUUUCCAGUUAGGAAACACUCUCUCUUUCUCUGUGUUUUUCUCUUUACCAAGGAAAUUUUUCUUGCUUUCGCUGCUGGUGUGUCUGAGCUGUGCACACCAAAGCACUCUGAGGCGUCUGGAUCUGGACAGGGUAACAUUGCAUGCCUGCCAGAGCUGCCAUUAUAAUAAAAGACUUGUGGCCAGGGUUACUAGAGGCCAACGGCCGCAGCUCCUCUCUGUGUUUGAUAGAGACAGAGGGAAAGGGAGAGAGGACUGGAAUCAUGUGGCAGCAGUCAGCUGGGUCCAGCUCUCACACUGAAAGGGAGUAGCACCCAUACCGGGUCAGUCACAGCAGUCUCCAAGAAACAACCACUGGGCACACAACAGCUCUGUCUGUUUGUCUGCAGCAGACCUGGACCCUAACCCACUCGCAUUUAAAUCGACCGCUCUGAGGACCCCACAAGAGCACCACUGGUUUAGGUGUCCGCCCGUGUGCCUGAGGGAAGUGAGUGGAAUAUGGAGGCUCAGGAGGCUCACAGAGGACUGGAGUCAGACUGGCAGGUGGUGCUGGAGCUGGAUAAAGCCCUGGCUGGGUGGCUCCCACAGGAUCCGGCCCAGGGAGAGUUUGGCUGGGAGUGGGGCUGGGUCGCCUUGGACAACCAAGACCAGGACUGGGAGUCAGAGGAGGUCCCUGCAGUGUUGAGCCCCACAUACAAACAGCGUAAUGAGGACUUCAGGAAGCUCUUCAAGCAGCUACCGGACACAGAGCGACUCAUCGUGGAUUACUCCUGCGCCCUACAACGAGACAUCCUCCUGCAGGGCCGACUCUACCUCUCAGAAAACUGGAUCUGUUUUUAUAGCAACAUCUUCCGCUGGGAAACGCUGCUGACAGUGAGGCUGAAGGACAUCUGCACCAUGACGAAGGAGAAGACAGCCCGCCUCAUCCCCAAUGCCAUCCAGGUGUCCACAGAUGGUGAGAAGCACUUUUUCACCUCAUUUGGAGCGCGGGACAGGACCUACAUGAUGAUGUUCAGAUUAUGGCAGAAUGCACUGCUGGACAAACCCCUGUGCCCCAAAGAGCUAUGGCACUUUGUCCAUCAGUGCUAUGGCAACGAACUAGGCCUGACCAGUGACGACGAAGACUACGUUCCCCCUGAUGACGACUUCAACACCAUGGGGUUCUGUGAGGAGAUCCCUAACGAGGAGAAUGAGAUCAGUAAUGACAACUCGUCUAAGAGCAGCGUGGAGGCCAAGCACGAGGGCAGCCCACCAUCCAUACACAAGAAAUGCAUCAUCACCAACAGCACCAUCAGCUCAUCCAUCAGCAGCGAGCCCCUCUCUGUGAGUCUCAGCGACAUAAUAGAGUUUGACCUCCCUCCAGAGGAGUACAUCGAUUGCCUCCCUGACGGAGAACUGCUGGCCUUGCCCCUGGUGCUGGAGCAGAGGCUAGCGGAGGCCAGCGGCCUGAUGCCCUCUACCUCCCUGGACUUCAACGACAAUGAAGACAUCCCCACCGAACUUAGCGACUCCUCAGAGACCCACGACGAGGCAGGGGAGGUGCAGGCCUUCCACGAUGACCUUAAAGGGAGACAGUACAUCGAUGAGGUUUACAAGUUCAGUGUGGACAAGAUGUAUGACAUCCUCUUCACAGAAUCCCAGUUUAUGACCGACUUCAUGGAGCAGCGCAGGUUUUCAGAUAUAGUGUUUCACCCCUGGAAGAAGGACGACGCAGCGGGGAACCAGACGAGAGAGAUCAUGUACACCAUCUCCCUGUCCAACCCCCUGGCCCCCAAGACAGCCACGGUCACAGAGACGCAGACACUGUACAAGGCCAGCCAUGAGAGUGAGUGCUACAUCAUCGAUGCUGAGGUCAUCACACACGACGUGCCCUACCACGACUACUUCUACACCCUCAACCGUUACAUGCUGACACGGGUGGCCAAGAACAAGUGCCGGUUAAGGGUGUCCACUGAGCUGCGUUACAGAAAACAGCCAUGGGGAUUAGUGAAGGGCUUUAUUGAGAAGAACUUCUGGAGCGGGCUGGACGAGAAUUUCCACCAUCUUGAGUUGGAGCUGUCGAAGGUGGAGGAUGUGGUUUUGGGGUCGACCCUGCCUUCUCCCAAGGUCAAGGGGGUGAAGACGUCUGUGAGACGGAGGAAGAGACCCCUGGUCCACCUACGGAGCCAGCACCUGGACGACGCCCUCCUCAGCCCCGUCACCACGCCAACCGACAAUGAGGUCAUCCACCGCAUCAAACAUGCGGGCGUGACAGGUUCCACUCAGACCAGGCACAUGCCUGAGCACCUUCCUGGAGGCUUCGCCCUCUACAGUGUGUCCAAACUGCUGCUCAUCAUCAGCUUUGUGAUCUGUCUAAGCCUGGUUUUGCUGGUGUUCCUCAACAUGAUGCUGUUCUAUAAGCUGUGGAUGCUGGAGUAUUCUGCACAGCAUCUUACCACCUGGCAAGGGCUGCGGAUACAUGAAAGUAAACUGCCCCAGACGCAGAUGGAGUGGGCCCAGCUCCUGGAGUCCCAACAGCUUUACCAUGAUGCUGAGCUGCAGAAGUGGAGAGAGAUCAUCAAAUCCUCAGUGGUACUAUUAGACCAGAUGAAAGGCUCUCUACUGAACCUUCAAAGGGGCAUUGGCUUAAGGGACUACAGCUCAGAAGCUGAGGAGAAAAGAAGCGCUUACAACUGACAUACGAGUUUAGGCCAUGAGGGCAUGGUGUGCAAUAUAGGAACUGUUUGUGUAUAAGUAUGCAAACAAAACAAUGAGAGACAAGAGACCAACAGACUGCCAGGCAAGCUGGCCCAGUGUGAGAGGGACCGCCUACCGGCUGCCGUCCCCCAGCUCAGAGGUCAUGACCCCGCAGGUCAGGACGUGCCCCUAUCACAGACAGGAAUUGAACAGUGUGUUUCCCACAGCACUGAGGCAUCGUGGGAAGGCAACAGCUCCGCUUACCCUGACGCCACUUCUGUCUCUUAUUUUUCUUUGUCUUUUAAUGUUGGAAGGACAUCGUACUGUCAGCCAUUGCCACAUGGGGAAUGGAGGACAACAAAAAGCUCAGCAUGUGAUUUUACUCAUCACCUUAACUCCUGUCAAUGAGGUGGUCCCAUUCCUGCUCUGUGAGUGUCUAAAGACAAACAAAAGAGGAGAGAUAGAUGAGGAAAGGGGACCUACAGUCUCAAGACUUUCUACACUCCCUUGACUGUUCCAAACCGAUCCUCCCCUACAGGUCCCCGCUGCAGUGUCCCUUUUAUGAACUCCUCUGAUCGUGACCACAGAUCAUGCUCUAGAGUAGCAGGAUCACCAGCAGAUAUAUAUUAUAGAGUGUGUGUAUGUGCAAGCGCAUUUCCACUGAAAUGUCUCAACUGCCUUGUUUUUGCCCCGGGCUCAACAGUGCAUCAGGGCUGGUUUCCCUAAUCACCUAGAGCUAGGCUGUUGUGUUGGAAUUUGCAUAAUGAUUGACUUAGGUGGAGGAGGUUCCUUCUCACAGGUACUCAAUAAAGAGAAACGUUAAGAGAUUGCAGGAUGUUGUUGGGGAUAUGUAAUGUGGCGUGUCAAAACAUCCAUGCUUGGUGGCAAAUGGAUCUCCUGUUAAAAACAGGAAUUUAUGGAAUUUAGAGUCUUCUUGAAGGUUUAUGAAUGAGCUUUACGUGGUAUUGCCACUGUUGUACUAGUUGGGUAAUGCAGUUCAUUGUCCAUCAGACUUAUCAACUUAUCAGUUGUGGAACAGUAUUUUGAUCCAUUUUUUAGAAUGAUAGCUAGCCUGUCACUUCUACUUUCAAAGUACGGAAACAAUACAGAGCUUUUAUUUAUCAGUUACUGGUGAUUUGUUUUAUGCACAGUGUUAAUUAGUUCCAUUAUUUGUUGCACAUUUAUCAAAAUGAGUUUGUACUGAUCCAUAAGACCCGAGAAUGUAGUACAACUUGACCCGUAGUCUUUUCUGUAGGAAAAGACAGCAUGCAGACUAAGAGGUCAUUGAUACUUGAAAAAGGGAUACUGCAGCAAGACAAUUAGGGAGACCUGUGUUCUUAUGUAAGUGUUUUAUUACUAAACUGUGACUAUAUCUCUUAAAAAUGUUUGAGGAUGAAAAAAAUUAUAUAAAUAUAUUUGAAAUAUAUGUAUAUUUCAAUAUAGAAUAUUUGAAGAUGUAUACAUAGCAUAUAUUCAUUGUUUAUUUAUGUAUAUAGGAAAGUUAUCAAAGCUCUAGCUGGGUACAAAAAUCUAUGAAGAAAACUGUUUUCUUCAGAAAAGCAUGCCAGAUAUGUCUGUGACAUGUCUAGUAUGCAUGUGUGCUUGAGUGUACUGUAUGUUUCUGUGUGCGUGUGUGUGUGCACAUGUGUUAAUUUCUACAGUGUGACAUUUCUAUCAUUCCACACAUGGAUGCGUCUCAACAUUUCAUUUCUGGCACAUGUAGCCAAACUGCCUUUUAUAAUGCCCAUGCGUUUGGAUGCAGCCUUGCAUUAGCCUCUCUGGCUAACAGUUUACAAUCAGCCCAUAUGGACAUCUCUGUGUCCAUGCCAAGUGGCUUGACUCAACCACACACACACACACACACACACACACCCUCUUUGCUUAUCCAUAUCAACAACCUGCAUCCCUGCUUAUUCCAAAUCAUAUACACACCCCCACUCUCCAUGUCUAGUGUUUGGGUUGGAAUCUGUACACAAUUCAAUUGAACCAUAACAGAGGGUAGAUAAAGCCUUCAGAAGAUGUCAUUCAAUUUUCAAUUAGCUAUUUAUCAUUGAUUUAUUGAAAGACAAGUAAAUACCUGCUGGAUUAACCUCAGGUAGGCAGGCAAUGUCUGAAGUGUAACCCCGAGCUGCGGCAUGAGCUCAGGGAUAAAAUCACUUCCAAAAAGAGAAACAGUACUGCACUUUAAAGACCUUCCAAAUAGUGAAUAAAAGAAAUUCAGUGGUAUUGCAGCCCUUAUGUUAUAGUGAAACGGAAGCCCUUUUGCAUUCUAAAAAGUAUUAUGUUUAUCCAAUAUAAUGCUUACUCUGUAUCUUUGAUUGAAAUUUCCUUCCAAUACAUUUCUGUUCACUUGAUGAUGUAAUUACAUGAUUUUGUGAGUGACUGUUCUCUUAAAUAUUUCAGGGUUAGACAGGACAGGAGUGGGUUGUGCGUGAACUGUGGAGGAGUGGAUAUCUAUCUCUUUAAUGCAGGGGCGUCAAACGGAUUUUGCCCCAGGGGCCGCAUUCGGUCCUCAAUGAACGAGUGACGUUUUGAAAAUGUGUUAUACAGUAUUUACUCGCAAUCAAAAUGUGCAACAAAGAAAAGCAUCUAUUCUGACUGUCUAGCUUUAAUUUUGGUGAUUGAUAACAAGCUUGACACAGUCAAGAAACUGUAUGAAUGAAAGUCCAUUAUAUGAUUUCUACACAGUUUCGAUUUGGUUUUAGUCGUUUUAAAGUAUGUUGAGAAUGUUUAACUCCCCGGCUUUAAUGUGUGCUGGCGUUGCAUUGGUGAGUUACUGAAUGAGUGAUCUCUCAUGACAGACUAUAGGCUAGAUACUAGUUCUGGGUUGCCAAGGUUCCUGAAUGAACAUGUUUUAGGCUUGGCUCUCCUGCAGCGUGUCAUAUGAUGACUUUUAAUAUCACAAGGUGUAUUAUUGAUCAUUUGUGGAAAUCUUACGAUCUUAACAACAGUGAUUGGAAAGUAUUUCUGUUUUAUAGAAAUCCCUUUCACAAUCAAGCUAUAUUAUACUGAAAGAUGUGCGGAGGUUAUGUUUCAAAUAUGUGAUUAUAUUUCAUAUGUGAAAAUGUGAUUGAAAUGCUUUGUUUAAUUUUAAAGUGUAUGGACUUUUUGAGUUAUAAAAUUGCUUGGAUUUCUAUAUUUAUUUCAUGGACCAUUUCAAAUCAUCUGAAAGAAGCACGGUAACAUACCCAUUGGGUUUCUCAUGUUAGCAACUAGAAUGUCUCCAUAAGAUAGGUGUAUUCAUUGUCAUUCAUUCCAAAUGAUAACUUAAAGUCAUCUAAUUCUGAAAUUCAUGACAAUACCACAAAACAUUACAACUAGUUUAUAAGUAUGGAAUUAGCUGUUAUGCAGAAUUAUAGCAUGUUAUGUAUCAUAUGAGUAAACAUCUUAUGCUCGUGCUUAUGAACUAGUUAUAAGGGUAUGGUUGAUGUUUGUUCAUGCAACAAGCUAUUAUACCAUAGUGUAACAAUAUUCAUAGAAAACACAGAAUAUUCAAUCAUAUUAUUCAGCAUUACAAGCAAUCGCUUAAAAAAUAAAACUCUUGUCCCCUUAUAGAUCUGAUUAGCUUUUUUUUUCGCACUCGCUCUCACAUAUUUUGCCAUUAGCAAGUAUUGAUUGUAUGAUUGCUAUUCUGGCUCUAUAGCUUUGUAAACAAGGCUCCAGAAGUCUUGACAGCACCAUUAUGUUGUCAUCAACACUGCAUACAUUGUGUUCUUCACUGACUACAUUAAUUGAAAUAUGCCUUGCUGAAUCUCUGGCUAACUUACAGGAGUCCCAACCUCCUUGAAAAUGACUACUGAACAAAUGACUACUGAACACUUCUAACAAGUGUGUCUUGGCAUUAUCUUACUGGUGUAGCUCAGUUCAAAAACCUAAUGUUUUGUUUUUUAGACCUGUUUUGAUCUGUAAAAUGAUUCUUAAUUAGAUUUAUAUAUGGUAUACUGUACAUAUACGUUGUGUAUAUCUGCAGUCUACACACACUGACAAGAGAAUCGAACCUGCGCUGUGCGUGGGUUUUGACUUGCCAAUGACUUUGCCUAAUAGAGACUAAGAUAAAGUGGCUUUCUGGUAGAUGUGAAGUUGAGAUUGGAGGUAUGAAUAAAAAUUGAA